AUGACACAAGACAACCUGGAGUACUCGCCUGUCCAAGAGGCCGGCCGCAUUCUCUCUUACCUGUAUGGACAGUCCGAGCGGCUGAAUCUGCCCCAGGAAGUAGUGGCAAAUAGGGAAAGCGUUUCCUUCUCGUCCAGUCAUAAUGAGAUCUAUUUCCCGAUUCCGUUCAAGGAAAGUGAGACGCUCGCGGCUUUGAAAGCGCUCGAGGGGUCUGUGGCUGGAGCGCUCGCUGAUCUUCGAUUUGGACGUGGAACGCACCCGCGGGCGGUUGAGGUAAGCCUUGAAGGGGCAACAGCAUUUGGAUGCCAGGCGUACAUGGCCAAGAUCGACGGUCUAUCGAAGUUGGAUCCGAAAGUAAAGUCCAAACUGAAAGAUACGGACCUAUUGGCAGCCCAAUCAAAUGGAUAUCGGCGUAUGUCAGCAAACCUGUACAAGACCAAGAACCCGAAUGAGUUCUAUCACAUCCACGGCUCUUUAGAAGCAACGACAACGCUCAAUAUGAUCGGCCUCGAAGGCCACCGGCCAGAUUUGACUGAUUAUGAGGAUAUCAUCCAAGUCAUCGAAAGCCACGUGCAGCAGUACACAGUUGCUGAACUGGAGGAGAUGAACAAGGCUCGACGCCAAGCAGGUGUUCCGGCAUUGAAGUAUGAGGACUUUCUUCAGACUCCACAUGGAAAACUGAAUGUUGAACAACCACCCUGGAAAGUACAGCAGCUUCUGGGGAACACUCCCGCGGUCAAGUUCCCAGAAGGCAAGAGUGGUAAGCCUCGCGUUCUCGAGGGGAUCAAGGUGCUAGAGAUGUGCCGCAUCAUCGCAGGGCCUACGGUCACGCGGAUUCUCGCUGAAUACGGUGCCGACGUUCUGAAAAUCACCAGUCCAAAUCUCCCAGACGUUCCCUUCUUUCAAGUGGACGGAAACAUGGGGAAGCAUGCAGCAGAUCUCGAUUUGAAAACCGAUGCUGGGCGCAUCGAAUUCGAGAAACUCCUGGCCGACGUGGAUGUGAUCGUAGAUGGAUACCGACCGGGGGCUUUGGAAAAACUUGGCUAUGGCCCUCAGUCAAUGGCGGCAUUGGCCGAGAAGCGGGGCAAGGGUAUUGUCUACGUCAACGAAAAUUGCUUUGGCUACGAAGGGGAAUGGGCUGGCAGGGCUGGAUGGCAGCAGAUUGCGGAUUGUGUGACCGGUGUUGCUUGGGCUCAAGGCGAAUUCAUGGGUCUUUCGACCCCAGUUGUGCCUCCAUUCCCCAUCUCUGACUAUGGAACCGGUUGUAUGGGCGCGAUUGCUGCGCUGACCGGUCUGUACCAUCGGGCUCAGUCUGGAGGCUCAUAUCAUGGCAUGGCAUCGCUGAUGCAUUAUGACCUGCUCUUGUUUGCAGUCGGUCAGUAUCCGGCCGAAGUCCAAGAGCGCCUCCGCUCUACUCAACUGGCCGAGUUCUUCAAGCUCCGUCAUUGCGAUAGCGUGGACCGGAUUUCCUCGACCGUGCUGAAGGGGAUGCAAUCACGAUUUCCGCAUUUGUAUACUCCAGAUGAAGGUCACGCAUUGACGGAACGCUGGUUUUCGCAUGCGUAUGGCGCAGACAUAGAGGUUGUACGGCCAGUGGCUAAGAUUGAGGGCGUUGAUAACACGUUUGUUCGAGCAAGCCGACCGAAUGGUGCCGAUGCACCCACUUGGGGAGGUUUCACUAUCGAUGGGAGCGGAGAGGGCGAUAUUCGCAGGGGAUAG